AUGAAGCUCACUCACUCAAUGUUCAUCCCUCGAAUUCGACUUCAGAGAAGCACGGAUGCAUGGACCACUCUUCUCAUUCUCUAUGUGCUGCUCCUUCUUUCAGAGUGUGCUGGGAGUGGUAUGCCAGGUUCAGAGCACACUGAAUACCUUUCACACCCUCGUUUCAUAUGCACCCCCAUUCCAGCCGAUGCUGACCCCGCCUGCUUCCCCUCUGGGGCUGUCCCAGGAGCAGGUGGGCCAAGCAUGAAUGGGCAUCACAGCGGGCACCACAGCGGGCCAGGUAUGAGCGGCAGUGCCUGGUGGGGCAUGUCAGAAGAGGCCAAGGCCACGAUCCUGCACUUGCGGGAGAGCCUGGUGCAGCAGAAGGAAACAAUCUUGGACCAGAGAGAAACCAUCCGUGAGUUGACUGCCAAGCUGACCCUAUGCCAGGGCUUCGGGACCACCCUGGGAACCCACGAUAGUGAUCACCACCACGUGCCUCCUCACCUGGCACAUCACACCUACCCCCCCAUGCCUGACAGUGGGCAUCAUGGCUAUGCUCCUGAUAGUGGUCACCACGGCACCCAUGCCACAGAGCCCAGCCACUAUGGGCAUCACCGGGGAAAGGCAGCGCUGGGUGAUAAGCACACCACCAGCGAUCUGACCCCUUCACCCUCAUCCACUCCAGAACAGAUGGGAAGAAUGCUGAUGGCUCUUAAGGAGAGGCUGGAGAAUCUGCAGACACGAAACACCUCUACCACCUACUCCAGCUCGCUGAAAGACCUGCUGCAGCGCAAGAUCGCCGCUCUAGAGCAGCAGAUGCUGCACCACACCACCUCACUCUCCAGCAGCAACCACCAUGACAACGCCGAGGAUGACGGCGACGAUCACCACAGUGACCAUCACGACGACAGUGGUCAUGAGACCCACAGCGACGACCAUGAGCACCAUGUCGAAGACCACGAACACCAUGAUGGGCAAAACCACGAUGACCACCACCAUGACGACAGCCAAGACCAUCAUGACAGCAGCUACGACGAUGUUCACCUUGCCAAUGGAGAGCACGAAGACAGCCACCACGAUAACGAGGCCACUGGUCACAGCUACCCAAGGAUGUCCUACCAUUCACAAGGCCACAGCGGGCAGAGCAAGCUGGAUGCAGUGCUGAACCACCUCACACACAGGCUCUCGGAGACAGGUUUGAGGAAGAACGGCAAGGCUACUGGAGGUUUCCAGAUCGGAUUCCCCAUGCGCACCAACUACAUGUACGGACGAGUGAAGAGAACGCUGCUGCAUGAGAUUUUUGCUCUGACGCUAUGCCUGUGGAUGAAAGGAGGGGCAGGACCAGGACUAGGAACACCAUUCUCCUACUCAGUCCCAGGACAGGCCAAUGAACUGGUACUGAUAGAGUGGGGGAACAAUCCAAUGGAGCUGCUAAUCAACGACAGGGCAGUGACCUUACCGCUCUCACUGAGUGAUGGCAAAUGGCACCAUGUGUGUGUGACGUGGUCGACACGAGACGGACUGUGGGAGGCAUAUCAGGAUGGAGUGAAGAGAGGAUCUGGGGAAAACCUCUCAGCCUGGCACCCAAUCAAACCUGGAGGAGUGUUUAUACUGGGACAGGAACAGGACACGCUGGGCGGCCGGUUUGAUGCUACUCAGGCAUUUGUGGGGGAGAUCUCAGACCUGCAGCUGUGGUCUCAUGUCCUCACACCUCACGACAUCUACAGCCUGGCAUCCUGCGGGGGUCACAUGACUGGUGACAUCAUUGCAUGGGAGGAGUCGGUGGUGGAGCUGCAUGGCGGGGUCACGAAAUACCCCUUCGACCCCUGCCACUGA